CCGUACCGGUUGAGGGAGACUCGAAGGAUGAAGUUUAAUUAUUUAAUACUGUAGCUCCACGAACUUUUUAGAGUGAAAAAAAUUAUGAAGAGAUAGUUGCAGUUGAUUGUUACUGGUAAAAAAUAUUGAGCGAAGGGGGAGAAAAUGUCCGACUUUCACUCAACGAUGCGAUGCAUAUCGCCCAGUGCAAGAGUUCUAACUCCAAAACCACAAGUCCAGCAGACUCUAGAUAUCCGACAAACUCGGACCAAGGCAAAGAAUGCCAUAAAACUGCUCCUGAUUAACAGUGUUUUGUUUGCAGUUAUAGUUUUCGAUAUAUGCUAUGGUGGAAUCGCUUACAAGCCAUUUUGCUAUUUUGAAUGGUUCCUGGCAUCCUUAUUUGCCCUUAACUCUUUGUAUCAUCUGAUCACGUACACAAUAGCAACGUGGAGCCUGAGGCCCGUUGUUUUGACUGUGAAGCAAAGAAAACUUUUGGGAAUAUCUGAUGAUGAUCCACUUUUUCAAAAUGAAAUUCCUGCACCCAAAAAAAAUUCAGAGCCCAGCACGCCACUUAAUUUUUCUCACAUGAAUCUGAGUAGAAACUCGAGUGUUCUUGGAACUUCCGCUCUAAAUGAAAGCAAGGAUUACUCUGCAUCUAGUCCAUUUUCAAAAUACGGCAGUUUGUCAUCAAGAAGAUCAACAAGUGCAAACGUUUCUUUUAACAAGUCUUUUAACAGCUCUAUGAAUGCUAGUUUUGCUAAUGAAGAUCUCAUACAGGAUGAAGCUGGAUUGGAGAAAUUCUUGAAAGAAGUUUCCAAAAAGGAUGGAAAAUCAGUAUCUCACACAGCUAAUGUUGACCAACCUUCUAACUUAUUAAGUUCUUUCUGGUCUCAUCCUGCAACACACAGUCCUGGAGAAGUAUCACCUUUACUGAAACGAUGUGCCUAUCAACUGGCACCCAUAAUUGACAAGUCAAAAUCUUCUAGUCCAGGUGUAGAAGAAGGUAGCUCCCCAAGGUCAUUUGGCACAUCUGAUAUUUGGAGGAAAUAUAGACUUGAUCCGACUAGAGUUAACCAGUGGACAGCUAAUUUAAGAAUGUGGAUUAGUAAAACUGUAGUUGAAAGAGUGUCUGCAGAAAUUGAUAAUGUAUCUACUAGCCUAAUCCGUCAUGGUCUUAGCGACUCUCAACCAGGACACGUUGGUUUGGAUAAAUUAAGAAAACUUGCCCAAUCGUUUUCAGUAACUGUCAUACCUACCUUACCUCCUCUUGUUCCUUUUCUUGAAUUAUCAAGCAACCAAGAUUAUCUAGUGAAAAGAAUUAAGAUUCUAGCCAAAGGUGGUUCUAUGAGCGAAUUUAAAUGGAAUAGUGGAGGAUCAUAUAAUGGAAAGGAAUGGGAUGCAAGCCUUCCCACAGAUACGGCAAUUAUUAUGCAUUUGUUUUCAACGUACAUGGAUACUCAACUUGAAGCUCCCUUGAAUCAACCUGAUGCCAGACCUUUUACAUCAAUGUAUACCGCCAAAUCGACAUGUGAAUUACCUCGUAGUAAAGGUCCGAUAAUUGUAACUCAAUCGGUCAAUCCACCACAUUAUUGCCUAGCUCUUUCUGGAGAUUCACUAUCUCAUGAUUUCGAAAAUAUUCCUGGGGGAAGAAAUAAUUUUUUUCACACGCUUUUGCUUUUCCUGUAUAUUGUAAAGACUCGAGAUCAUGGAAUGCUUGGUCGUGUCAACCUUGGAAUGUCUGGUGUAAACGUUAUGUGGGUCAUAGACUAAACUGUGUAAUGAGUUGUUUUUUAUUAAUUAUUUAUUAAAAGACAUUUUCUUUUUUUUUUUAAUGAACAUGAUUGUUUUCCGUGCC